GUGGCGGUAGCGGCGGCGGUGUUAGCGGCGGCAGCUGUGAGGGGUUCCGGGAAGAUGGUGCUGAUUAAAGAAUUUCGUGUGGUUUUGCCAUGUUCUGUCCAGGAGUAUCAGGUUGGGCAGCUUUACUCUGUUGCAGAAGCUAGUAAGAAUGAAACUGGUGGUGGAGAAGGAAUUGAAGUCUUGAAGAAUGAACCUUAUGAAAAGGAUGGAGAAAAGGGGCAGUAUACACACAAAAUUUAUCACCUAAAAAGCAAAGUUCCUGCAUUUGUGAGAAUGAUUGCUCCUGAGGGCUCCUUGGUGUUUCAUGAGAAAGCCUGGAAUGCAUACCCCUACUGUAGAACAAUUGUAACGAAUGAAUAUAUGAAAGAUGAUUUCUUCAUUAAAAUUGAAACUUGGCACAAACCAGACUUGGGAACAUUAGAAAAUGUACAUGGUUUAGAUCCAAAUACAUGGAAAACUGUUGAAAUUGUUCACAUAGAUAUUGCAGAUCGGAGUCAAGUUGAACCAGCGGACUACAAAGCUGAUGAAGACCCAGCAUUAUUCCAGUCAGUCAAGACCAAGAGAGGCCCUUUGGGACCCAACUGGAAGAAGGAGCUGGCAAACAACCCUGACUGUCCUCAGAUGUGUGCCUAUAAGCUGGUGACUAUCAAAUUCAAGUGGUGGGGACUGCAAAGCAAAGUAGAAAACUUCAUUCAGAAGCAAGAAAAAAGGAUAUUUACAAACUUUCACCGCCAGCUUUUUUGUUGGAUUGACAAGUGGAUUGAUCUGACGAUGGAAGACAUUAGAAGAAUGGAAGAUGAAACACAGAAAGAACUAGAAACAUUACGUAAUCAAGGUCAAGUGAGGGGAACAAGUGCAGCCAGUGAUGAGUGAAGAAGAAUCUGACCAGUAUCUUGCAGUGUUGAUGUUUCCCAGAUGUGUGCUUGUGAUAAUGUCUCACAUGCACAGGUCCCCAACCACGUGUGUAUAUAUGUUUGUGUGUGUAUGUCUGUGGCUGUAUAUAAAACGCAUGUAGAGCUACAGAUCAGAAUACACACACUUGUGUAUAUAUGUACAUACAAACAUACUGAAGGGAUUAGUACAAUUUCUCCAAAGUACUGUACCUAUCUUCAGCAAGAAUGCAAAAGAAAAUAUUUUCAAUAUAUAUACCUGGAACAAAUUUUAAUAAUUAUCAAGAGUAAUACCAUUCAUGGACAAAUUGACUGCAAUGUAAUACUAGCUGGUAUGUUUCAUAAAUGUCAAGUUGUGGACCAAUAUAUAUAUAGAGACUUUUAUUACUUUUCUGUUCUUUUAAAUCAGUCUCUUAUAAAUCUUUAUUUUAGUCCUAUAAGCAACAGACUCCCACAGAGAAAUUUACUGAAAAGCUUUUAGUAUUCCAAUGAAUCCGGAAUGUAAACUCUGAAUGUAUUUAUAAUGAUUUAUUUCUGGAUGGUUAUUAUCAUACAGCCGGUUGGACAAUAUUUGUUAGUAAGAAGUAAAAUUAUAGGCCAGUUUUUACUUGUUUGCCCCUAGGGAAAAGUCCUUUUAAAAAAAAUUUCCAGUUUUUAUUGGAUUUUUGUAUUUUAAAUUUCAAGUAUUUUUCUACAUCAAACCUAGCAGAAAUGGAGAUGACGGUUUGUGAUUUAUAAUAAACACUAUACAAUUUUCAGGCUUCUGUUAGGCAAACAAAGAAAUUGAUGAAGAAAUUAAUAGCGUUGUUGGCUGUUUAGAGAAAUUGGAAGUACAGCACUUCCAUGGAAUCUUGUUUCUGAAAUGACUGUUUUCUGAAAUUACAGCUUGGAAACUAUGCAAAUGAUGUAGAUUACUCACAGCUCACACGAUAGAAUAUAGACAGUGAAGAUGUUUUCCUCUUUUCUUGUUGAAAUACACUUUACAGGGGAGAUGCUGACUCUGAGAUAGGAAAAUUUCAGAUGCAGCAUGAGGCCGGCCUGCUCAGUUAGGGGGUCCUGCUGAGGGGCCAGUGCCCCUCCUCCCUUGCGGUAGUGCUCCUGAGCAGGAUGUCUUUGGAGCAUGUCCCGAAUAAGAACCAUGAAACUGCUAGUUAGAAGCUACUGCCACGUUUCCCCCCCCCCACCUUUUUUUUUAAAGAAAGAGACAAUAGCAAGGUAAGAUUUUUAUCAGGUUUCUCUGUCCAAAUCCCGUUUUCCUCCUGUCAGUCCUGGAAGCUUGAACACAAUGACAUUGUUGAAGCCUUCAGGUCACAAACUGUCUUCUUUAACCGCUCAUCCCUCCUAGAACAUGCCAGCCCCUGUAGUCACAUCACAUUAGUAAUCUGAUUUGCUGACAGUCCUGCCCUCCCCGCUCCUCGUUUUCCCACAAGUACCGUGUCCCCACUGAAGUGAUUGCAGUGACUCAGACAAGGGUGUUUAGUAUCACUACUGCGUUACGAUGCCCUGUUGUCCUCCGCAGAAAACCUCACAUCGCAUAUGUCCUCUGUGUACUCAGGAUCAAGACUGAUGUUUACUCUCCGGACACUGUUGUAAGAUAGGUUUUGUCAAAGCAUAAUCAUUGUCUGCAAAGUGUUUGAUGUGAGGAAGAUUAUUGCUAAUUUUGUGAAAUAAAGAGUCUAGCCCUCUCCAUUUAAUGAACUUAACUCUCGCUGGCAUCUGUAUCAUCAUUGGGAGCUUAGGCUCACAUGGAAAUGAGAUCUCGGCGCAUGGAUUUUAAUGUUUUUCUAACAACUGUGGAGAUUUGAGGGAAUGUGUGGUGAAUGUAAAAUAUCUAGUUUACUUGGCAGUCUCUCGUGUAAAUUACAGUAAAACAAAGUAAAUGAAAUUUAAACAAAAAAUAAAUUUGAUCACAAA